AUGCAUAUAAAGUUUGCAAGCAAUGCAAGAUAUUACGUAUUACACAAAACCAUUGGCAUAAACAUUCAACCUGAUCAAAGAAAUUGUAGAUAUUAUGUUGGUGAAGACGUUAUAAUCAAUGGUCGCAUUAGAAACGUCUCAAAGGUACUCUGCAAGACAUGGCAAAAGGAAUCAGAGACUGGGAGCAAUAUCAUUGAUACAACAUUGGAAAAGAACUUAGAAACUAAAAAGGAUAUUGGUGAAUACAUCUUGACGAUAAAGAAUUGUAUUGAAUCAGAUAGCGGGACUUAUUUUAUUCUGGCAGCUUGCAUAAAUGAUAUGGAAGUUCAAAGCAAUAAAAUUCAGCUGAAUGUUGUCAAAGAGAGCCCAGAAGUGAUCACCAGUUAUGUACCUGAAGCAGUGUACGAUACAACGGUUGUAUAUAAAGCAACGAUACGAAGUUUUAUCAACGAUACGUUUACCUUGUGGAAAAAGGGAGAAAAAAAUAUUGACAUAACCAAGCCUAAAUAUAAAGGAAGUUCAAAUGUUGGUAAUUGUCCAGUCCUUUGCAUUAACAACGUCAGCAAGAAAGAUGAAGGUGUAUAUUCAAUACAUGUACGCAACAAAUGGGGGAAGACAACAUUUGAUUACGAGAGGCUGAUUGUAACUGGAAAGGAACCGGUCGUUUCUUUAAAGUUAUCAGAUCAAUCCCAAUCAGUGGCUCAUGGAAAUACAAUUAUACUACAAGCGAAGAUAAAGUCUUACCCUGCCCCCUCCCGAAUUCGGUGGACACGUAUGAUGAAUGUAAACAAAGAAGAAAUCAUUGAGGCAAAAGGAAGAUUUUCAAUAGAUGUAUCAGAUUUGAAAUGUCCGAAAUUGACAAUAGAAGAUCUCGAAUUCAGUGACAAUGGAUGUUACAUCAUUACUGUAACCAAUGAUUUUGGAAUAGUGAGCGCUUACAUUGACAUAGAAACGGACGCAAGCCAAAUGAUCUUUAUCUCGGGACCUGUGGUGGUUUCUACUGCUGGCGUUAUCAAGUUUCAGACCCAUACAAAAUAUUUUAUAUAUAACUCUAGUGAAGAAAUUAAAACCCAAACAUUUGAAAUUGUUGACGUGGGAGAAGACGAUAGUGCAGGAUAUCAGUUGUCAUUAGACGGAUUGAAGAGCAACCAGAUAAACACGAUUGUCGGUGAUAGCAAAAAGUUUUCGACGGAGACCCAAGGAAACUAUUUCCGGUAUGUUGCCCUUCUCAGUGUCUGUGUAGAUGCACUAAGAAAGGCUUACGACAAUUUACCAGACACAUUUGAGGAAAAAAUAAACAAAUUCAAGGGGCGUUGUGACCGUCUUCAGGGAAACUCAAAAUUGAAGGAGCUGCUUUCACGUAAUGUUUUAAUAUUUAUUCUAUUUAUAUGUUUAACAGUUCAACCGUUGGGCGAGAACAGCAGGAACUACACAUUUUUCGCAUCAUUGUCAAUUACAUUUCGAAAAUUUACCUCACGCAGUACGGUUCUUCAGGAUGAACACUUGCCCGCCUCUAGCUGCCUGAAUAAGAACAAACCAUCUUCGUCAAAAGACUUAGACGUUACAUUGAUGUGCGCUAUUAUUCGAAAUUUGAAUUACAUUGCCAAACCUACAAAUGGAUGGGGAAAAGAGCCACAAAAAUCCGACAUCACUAUGGCUGAUGACGUGGAGAGGAUAAGACAAUACAGGAAUAGUCUUUGUCAUGACACUUCAACGGAAAUGGAAACAGAUGUUUUCAACAACAGAGCUUUAGAACUGAUAUGGGCUAUUCGGAGGUUAAGUAAGAAUGAUCUCAAAUUAACAGAAGACGUUUGUGACGCAAUGAAUAAAAUCUUCACCAAAGGAGAAACCAUGGAAAAACUGAUUGUUGAGCUGCGAACUAUCAAGAAAAAGGUUAUCAAAUGGCAAUAUGUUUGGAUCACAGGUAGAAUUAUUUAUUAUUCCGCGAUAACUAUACCCCCUGCAAACAAAGUUUGAGGGUUAUAUAGGAAUCACCUUGUCCGUCUGUCCAUCU